AUGGCCAACGCCGAGCAGCAAAAUGAGCCGCCCCUUUCGGCCAAGGACUUCAAGAUCUACAAUCGAGCAGCAGAGCAAAUGGAGUACUAUCAUGGACUCCUCCGCCUAUCAUGGAACAUGCUCUGGGAGGCCUCAACCAGCGGCCGACUACCCCCAUAUAUGAAAAUGCGGCAAUUCAUCACCGAGGGGCUGCGCUUUGCUCAGCAUCUUGAGAUUCAUCAUAGUAUUGAAGAAAAUCAUGUCUUCCCUCAUUUGGCGAAAAAGAUGCCCGAGUUUCGCACGGGGCGUGGUCGCCAAGCUGCUGAACUCUUGCGGCAGCAUCGGCAAAUUCAUAAGGGGCUGGAAGAGUUUCAGAAGUAUUUAGAAGAAUGUCAGGAGGGAAAGCAAGAGUUAGAAUUUGAUGUUUUACGGGGAAAGAUGGAGGGCUGGAGAGAGGUUCUUUGGACGCAUUUGGACCAGGAGGUCAAGACCUUGGGAGCCGAGAAUAUGAGACGGUACUGGACGAAGGAGGAAAUGCCGCGGAUACCCAUAUACAACGAUAUGAUGAAUAUAGAAACCUUGGGCGACUCAGCUGUUGUCGCUGUGCACCUUAGGAUUCUAAUGGAAGGCUGGAUGCGCAACUUAACAGUAGGGAUCUACAGGCUAAGCAUUCCAGAGAAUGAAGAGCCUUUCAGUCACAGCCAGUUUGGAAUCCUCGCCUGA